AACAUGUUUGAGAUUUUAAUUUUGUAAUUAAAAAAAAAGAUGGGCUUCUCUGAAAGAUGCAAGAAUCACCCAAAUCACAAUGAAAAGCAAGGGGUUUGCGCUUCAUGUCUGAGAGAGAGAUUAUCUCUUCUUUGUUCUGCUUCAUACACAGAAGUUAAUUCCAUACUUUUCGCUUCAUCCUCUCCGUCGCCCUAUUUUUCUCCCGCCGACGACUCUUCGCUUCCAUCUUCGACCUCCGCCUCCCCCGCCUUCUCUCAACAUCGUAAGCGGAACGGUUUCGGCGGGACGGGAAUAAAGGGGCUGUUUUCAUCGUCGUCGUUGUCGACGACGUCGUCUUCGUCGAUCAUGGUAAAGCUUGGUAGUAUUAAGGGUUUGAAGAAGAGUAGAUCGAUUGCGUUAGUAACAAGGAACGUGGAGGAAGAAGAGGCUAAGAAGGGAAAGAAUAAGAAAAAAGGGUUUUGGUCUAAGCUGCUGAGUUUCAAAGGGAAGAAGAAUGUUCUCACGCAUUCAACCAGUAUGAGAUUCAUGAUUGGUAGAGUUAAUCAGAUUUUCUAGGGUUUCAUUUUCAAUGAUAAUUUGUGCUUUAUUUAUUUAUUUAUUUAUUUAUUUUUACUCUUCUUCUUCCUUACGUAAUU